CUGCCUGCAUAAAAAUGAGGAACUAUACCUUUGUGACGAAGUUCAUCCUGUUGGGAAUUCCUAACUCUGAAGGGCUGGAGAAGGUGCUAUUUGUCUUAUUUCUGGCCUUCUAUCUCUUCACCUUGCUGGGCAACCUGCUCAUUCUUCUGGCCAUCUUCACUUCCUCCAACCUCCACACCCCCAUGUAUUUCUUCCUGGGAAACCUGUCUGUGUUUGACAUAUUUUUCCCUUCAGUGAGUUCCCCCAAAAUUAUGCUCUCCUUAAUGGGGCAAAGCCGCACCAUCUCUUAUGAGGGCUGUGCCUCUCAGCUCUUUUUUUACCACGUCCUGGGUGGCACUGAGUGUUUCCUGUACACCGUGAUGGCGUAUGACCGCUUUGUGGCAAUUUGUCACCCUUUGCGAUACACGGUCAUCAUGAACCAUAGGGUGUGUGCUGGCUUGACAGUGGGCACUUGGCUGGGGGGCUCUCUCCAUGGAAGUAUCCUCACAUUUCUUGUCUUUAAGUUACCCUACUGUGGCCCCAAUGAAGUGGACAAUUUUUUCUGUGAUAUUCCAGUGGUGCUGCCUCUGGCCUGUGCGGACACCUCUCUAGCACAGACAGUGAGUUUUACUAAUGUGGAUGUUGUGACUCUUGGAUGCUUUUUCCUUAUCCUGACAUCCUACAGUCGUAUCGUCCUUUCCAUUUUGAAAACCAGCUCCUCAGAGGGCAGGCGCCGGGCCUUUUCAACUUGCAGUGCCCACUUUCUUUCAAUCCUCUUGUUCUAUGGGCCCGUGAUGCUCAUCUACCUCCGGCCGACUUCCAGUAGCUGGUUGGAUUCUGUUACUCAGGUGUUAAAUAAUAUCGUCACACCUUCCCUUAAUCCUUUGAUUUACACCUUGAGAAACAAGGAUGUGAAAUUGGCCCUGAGGAAAGUGCUAACUCAAACAUUCCACACUUCUGGGAUAUCAUAAGGCUUAGGAGCCAUUCCUCUCUGAAAUUAUUUCAGGAGUUGCUUCAGAUCCACUAACCUUAACAACAAGAUUACUGCCAAAUAAUGAGCUGGGCAAAGUUAC